UUGACACCUUUCUCAUGUGUAGCCAACCGAAUCCAUGCUUCAUAUGAAAGGCCCAAAUAUGGAGAAGUAAAGGAUGGUGCUUUGAAUGUGACUGGAAGGCACAAGUGUCCAGGCCCCACAGGUGGUCCCCACCCAGGAACAGAUCUUUCAGGUUGCAUCAGGAUGAAUAAUGACCUAAGUAUGGAAGAGAAUGGUGUUGAAUGCUUAUAUUCUGAGAGCCUGCCACAGUCCAGGGAAUAUUCCACCCUACCAUCUCCUGGACACACUUCAGCCACAGAGAGUACUGUAACUUCAAGUGAUUCUGGAUCAGAAAUUUUGCAUAUGGCUUCUGGUGUCAUUGACUGUAAACCACUCUGUGAGAAAGAGGAGGAUAAAAGAUCAGCUUCUGCUGUGAAGAUCAAAGGUGGAAGUCCAGCUCCUGAAAAUAUUGCACUCCAAGGCUCUGUGAAUGAAGAAAAAAUCAUGUCAAAUCAGGAAGCCAAAGGGGAACCAGAAACAAUAAAUGAGCACAGAAAAGAAUGUGUGGCAGGAGGCGCUGCUGUUUCCUCUCUUCCUGUGAAGUCAGUUAACUUUAGACAAAGUGACAACACUUCUGCUAAUGAGAAGGAGGUGGAGGCCGAAUUUCUCAGGUUAUCUUUGGGAUUUAAAUGUGACUGGUUCACCUUGGAGAAAAGAGUGAAGCUUGAAGAAAGAUCCCGUGACUUGGCGGAAGAAAAUUUGAAGAAAGAAAUUACUAACUGUUUAAAACUGUUAGAGUCUUUAACACCUCUUUGUGAAGAUGACAGUCAAGCCCAGGAAAUCAUUAAGAAGCUGGAGAAAAGUGUAACAUUCCUCAGUCAGUGCACAGCUCGAGUGGCCAGUAGGGCUGAGAUGUUGGGAGCCAUUAAUCAGGAAAGUCGGGUUAGUAAAGCUGUCGAAGUGAUGAUUCAGCAUGUAGAAAAUCUGAAGAGAAUGUAUGCCAAAGAACAUGCUGAAUUAGAAGAACUAAAACAGGUUCUUUUGCAAAAUGAAAGGACUUUUAACCCUCUUGAAGAUGAAGGUGACUGCCAAAUUAAAAAACGUUCAGCUUCUCUAAACUCUAAGCCAUCUUCUCUUCGAAGAGUGACCAUUGCCUCUUUGCCCAGAAAUAUUGGAAAUGCAGGAAUGGUGGCUGGGAUGGAAAAUAAUGACCGAUUCAGUAGGAGGUCAAGCAGUUGGCGUAUUUUGGGGUCAAAGCAGAGUGAACACCGUCCCUCAUUACAUCGAUUUAUUAGCACCUAUUCCUGGGCAGAUGCUGAAGAAGAAAAAUGUGAACUAAAAACUAAAGAUGACUCAGAACCACCUGAAGAAGAAACAGUAGAAAGGACAAGAAAGCCAAGUCUUUCUGAAAAGAAAAAUAGUCCAUCAAAAUGGGAUGUCUUUUCAAUUUAUAACACAAUAGCUUCCUGGACAACAAAUCUCAAGACUUCCAUCAGAGAGGCCAGUAAGGCACUCUGGCUUUCUGUCGCGUUCGUUGUACUAUUUGCGGCACUGAUGAGUUUCUUCACAGGCCGAUUUUUCCAGAAGUCUGUGGAUGCUGCUCCCACACAGGAUGGGGACUCCUGGAUGUCUCUAGAACAUAUCUUGUGGCCAUUUACCAGACUCCAACACAAUGGGCCACCGCCAGUGUGA